UCUCAAGUAAACCUCCAUGUCCAUAUCUUUAAGACUCUCUCAAGAUCAACCACCACCACACUCCACGCCACCGCAGAACCCAACAAAUACUGCAACAACACUCCUAAAGUAAGACAUCUCCAUAAACUCUCUGGUUCUUUCUCGAGUUUAUACCAUGAAUUCACUGUUUCUGAACCUUGUAAACUUGUAGCAUAAUCUGUGUCUCUUUCUUUAAUUUGUACAAUGCUUGUCUUUCUUUGUUACAUAAUAUCAUUUGUAAAUUGCUGAAUCGGGAAAUUAUAGAGAAAACUUGAAUUGUGAUCACAUACAAAGAAGAAGAAAAAGAAGACCCAUGAGUAGUUUAAGCAAAAAAGUGGUGAUUUGAGGAGAAAACUUGACUCAGAGGGGAGAAGAAGACGACGACCCACAAGUAGUUUACGAAACCAUGGGUGGUACCCUUUAAAACUCAUAGGUUUCAUUUCAAUAUCAAUAUAUGGCUACACCCACCAUGUUCUCAUCCCUGAGGAGGAGAAUAUCACCUUCUUUGGAAGCUUUCUUGGCUCCCAGUCAAGUCAAUGAGUCCACGAUUCUGCAGACACUAACAAUCUGCUCCAAAGAACUUGUUUUGUCUUUCUCCGAUACAUUUGUUCCUUGUCAUCGGAAAAAUUUCCAAUCCUUAAUCCGGAAGAUUGAUAUCUUUGUUUCGCUCUUUGAGCAUUUCAAUGAUUUGGGGUCUGGCUGUUUUUUCUUCACUGCAAUUCUAUGCUUUAAGGAGAUGUAUGUUAUGUUGUCUCGAACAAAGAUGUUAUUGGAUUAUUGCUCGCAAUCGAGCAGGUUAUGGCUUUUACUUCAGAAUUCAACAAUUUCCACUCAUUUUCUUGACCUGAACAAGGAUAUUUUGACGUUUUUAGAUGUAUUUCCUUGCGAAGAAAUAGAGUUGUGUCAGGAUGUUAAGGAAUUAAUGGAGCUUUUGAAGAAGCAAUUGAAAAGAGAGAAAUUGUUCAUUGAUCAGCAUGAUGAGGCAAUGAGGGUUCAGUUGUAUAAUUUUCUCCAUGAAUUUGAGGUAGGAGGGAUACCGGAUAAAGCAGAGCUUCAAAUGUUUUUUGUGGAAGGAUUGGGGAUUCGGGAUGAGAAGAGUUGUAGAAGUGAGAUUGAGUUUCUUGAGGAGUUGAUUUAUAAUCACGAGAAUGAUGUCGAACCCACUUCAUCAGUGAUUAAGGGUGCUGUUGCGCUCACCCAGUAUUGUAGAUUCUUGAUUUUUGGGUUUGGUGGAGAUGACGACACAAUGUGUUUGGAAAAUUGUAAGAAAGAAAGGGAGGGUGUGGCUUCUCAAGAGACCAUGGAGACAUUAGGAACAGUUCCAAAGGACUUUUGUUGCCCAAUUUCAUUGGAUUUGAUGCAAGACCCUGUGAUUGUAUCCACUGGGCACACCUAUGAUCGAUAUUCAAUAACUCAGUGGAUGGAAGAAGGUAACUAUAGCUGCCCGCAAACUGGGCAGAUGCUUGCCCACACCCGCCUUGUCCCAAAUAUAGCUCUUCGAAGAUUAAUUUCUGAGUGGUGCAUCGCUCAUGGAAUAUCCUUUGACCCAAUAGAAACUGGAGAUAAAAGCAUGGGGACUAUUUCAGUGGCUUUGCCUACCAGGGCUGUGAUUGAAGUUAAUAGAGCCACUGCUAAGAUUCUAGUGGAGCAGCUAUCUUGUGGGUCAGAUGGUGCAAAGAUUAUUGCUGCACAUGAGCUGCGGUUGCUAGCAAAAACUAGAAGAGAGAGCCGUGUUUGUAUUGCACAAGCAGGGGCAAUCCCACUCCUUCAAAGGCUACUUUCGUCUCCUAAUCCAGCUGCACAAGAGAAUGCUGUGACAGCAAUACUGAAUUUAUCCCUUUAUGAAGAUAAUAAGAGCCUUAUUGUGGAGGAACCAGGGUGUUUGUCUUUGAUUGUUGAAGUACUUAGAUUUGGGCACACAGAAGAGUCAAGGGAAAACGCUGCGGCAACACUGUUUAGCCUCUCUGUAGUUCAUGACUAUAAGAAGAGAAUUACAGAUGAAAACGGGGCUAUCUCAGCACUGGCAGGGUUACUGAAGGAGGGAACUCAGAGAGGGAAGAAGGAUGCUGUAACUGCACUCUUUAAUUUGUCCACCCAUAUGGACAAUUGCAGCAGAAUGAUAGAGGCAGGGGCUAUUACAGCUCUGGUGGAUGCAAUGGAGACAGAAGGGGUAGCAGAGGAGGCAUUGGGUGUGUUAGGCAUGCUGGUCCGACAGCCAAUAGGAGCCCAAGCAGUCAACAAGGAGGAAAGGGCAGUGCCAAGAUUGAUCAAUAUGAUGAGGCAUGGGACCUCAAGGGGGAAGGAGAAUGCUGUGUCAGCAAUGCUUGAGUUGUGUCGAAAUGGUGGACCAUCUAUAAUCCAGAAAGUUGCUAAGGUGCCUGCGUUUUCCAGCUUGCUCCACAUUCUGCUGUACACAGGCACGAAGAGGGCCAGGAGGAAGGCAGCAUCACUUGCUAGAGUUUGCCAGAAGUAUGAGGCAGUUGCCUUGCCUUAUGGGUUGUGGGGAGUAGGAUAUACAUUCAGCAGUAACUCAUCAGCAAAUCUGGGCUCAAGUUUCACUAGUGAUGUUUCAGUGUCAAUGUCCAUAUCUGUGCCCGUUCUAUGGGGGAUGUUGGGUCUUCUCUUUCAUGGGUUGUGCUUGAUGCACGCAUCAUGUCUUGGCUUCUUGGUUUAAUGGAGCCUCAUAUUGUCACCCACUUGCGGCCCCAUCGCUCCGCUCAAUCUAUGUGGGCUUACUUGAAGAAAGUUUAUCAUCAGGAUAACGAUGCUCGUCGCUUUUAAUUAUAACAUGCGAUUGCCAUGUUUCAACAUGGUAGUCUUUCCAUCCAGGACUACUAUUCGGCAUUUCUGACUCUCUGGCAUGAAUUUGCUGAUUUGGUUACAGCGGAUGUUCCUACUGCCGCUCUCUCAACUAUUCAGACUAUUCAUGCGAUUACCCAGCGUGAUCAGUUUCUUAUGAAACUACGUUCAAAAUAUGAAUCUGUCCGCUCCUUUUUACUGAACAGAUCUCCUGUUCCCUCUCUUGAUAUUUGUUUUGGUGAGUUACUUCGCGAAGAGCAACGCCUUAGUACUCAAGCUAUUUUGGAGCAAUCUCAUGGCAGUUUCGGGACGACAAUUGUAGCUUAUGUUGCCCAAGGACAUAGACCACCUAUGCAUUCUAAAAACUUGUAGUGUUUCUGUUACAAGGAAUAUGGGCAUAUUACUGCCACUUGUCCUAAGAAGUUUUGUUCUUAUUGCAAGAAGAAGGGUCACAUUAUCAAAGAAUGUCGUAUUCGCCCCCAGAAUCAUUAGACCCAAGCAUUUCAGACUUUGGUUAUUGUCCCUCCUGUAACAACUUCUGUAGCACACGACUUUCCUUCAGUUGUGUGCUCUGUUCUUGCACUUCCUACACCAGAUUACUGCACCCUAGAAAUGGUGCAACGGAUGUUAAUUUCAGUAUUAUCAGCAAUGGGGUUCCAAGGUAACAAUUCUACUAAACUCUGGUACGUGGACUCGGGGGCCUCUAAUAACAUGACUAAUAAUCUCACCGCUUUGUGUCAUGUUCGGCCCUACGCUAGUCAAUCUUCCAUUCAGACUGCCAGUGGCAGCUCUUUGCCCAUAGCUCCUAUCGGCGAUGCCUCUUCUAAGUUCACUGAUGUGUUUCUUGUUUCUCAGCUUUCCACGAAUCUUAUUUUUGUUGGCCAAUUAGUUGAUAACAAUUGUGCUGUUAAUU